UUUUAUUUGAAGUUUAAAAUCUCAUAAAAACAUUGAUACGAAAAAAAAUUAUAAAACCCACUGGAGGUUGUUUAAAUAAGUGUGUAUUAGUUUCAGUAUCAACAAAAAUGUCCCAAACCAAAAUGUCCCAAAACCAAAUUGCCAGAAGUAUAUUGGAAGAUAUAGCCAAAGGAGAGUUUACUAAUGUUUUGAAAUCCUUAAUGGAUAAUAAAAUUGUUAUAGACACAAAAUAUGCUGUUAAAGUUAUUAUAUGUUGUUGCACAGCAUGUCAUGCUAAUGUUAAUAGUCCACAAAAAAUUGUGGAUGAGGAUAUGUAUAAUAUAAUGGAGCAUGUGUUGCCUUUUAUUAAGGAACCUGAUGAAACAAAUAUCCAUCAAUAUUAUCAAGCAUUGUUUCAUGUUGUAAAGAUUUUCACUAUUAAGGAAAAUAUACCACUGGUGUUGAAAAGUGAAAAAUUAUUUUUACCAGAAUUUAAAAAAGAUGAAUUAUCUAUUCAGACCGCAGGUGUUUACAAAAAUACAGUACGAUUGAUUUCUAAUCUACUCUUGUCUCUUAGUAAAAGUGAGAAAGUCAGACCAGAAAUAGUGGAUAUUGCUAUGAUUAUUUCUAGACUGAAUAGAAAAAUCUUCCCUACAGCACAGUACCUUGAGGCAGUCUUAUUUGGAAUGAUCUGUUUAAACUAUGGAAAAAUAGAUUUAAAUUUGUGUAAAAACUACAUUUUACAAUCAAUGAGGUUGGCAAACUUUGAUAAUUAUUCAAAUAAAAGUUAUGAAAACUUAUUGAAUCUUCUUGAUUGUAUAUGGACCAAAGCCUUACAGACCAAACAUUUUAAAUUUUUAGAAAACCUAGGGGUUGAUUUUGAGGAUAUUUUUAAAGAUUGUCAAGUUAUCCAAUAUACAGAAUUAUUACAUGUAUUUUUGUUUGUGGUGUACUUGUCCCCUCAUACAGAGAAAGGGGAAAUUUUAAGAGCAAAAUUGGGAUUGGAUUACCUUCAGAAGCUUUUGGAUCAUAAAUUGUUUGAAAGCACAUGUUUUAUGUUGGAAAUGAAAUGUUCUAUUUUGGGUAAUUAUUACCUAACAAACAAGGAAGAUUGGGCUAAAGUUGAUCUCAAAUUGCAAUUGGAAUUUUAUGAAGUGAUGUAUAGUUUUUCUGGAAUAAUGCUAACAUUUAAAUGCUGCUGCAAUUCAAGUUCAAAUUAUUACAAGUGGUUGAUUGUUUUAUACAAUUUAUAUUCAUUAAUCACAAUUUCUUUAAGAAAAAGCAAUCCUAUUACAGAUACAUUUAAAAAAUCAUGUAGGAUGUAUUUUCAGAAAAUAACUGAAAUACACUAUAGGACACAAGCAGUUAAAUGCGAUAAAUUUAAAAAGUACUGGUCAAACUAUUGUAAAAUAGUUAUAUUUAAUUUGGUAGCAUUAUUUAAUCAGCGUGAUAUAGAGAUGUCCACUUAUUUUGCAAAGAUGUUUAUUACAGAUUCGCUAAUAUUCGAAAAAUUUAAUACCACCGACCACACAUUUUUGCAGCAAACCAUAGAAAUGCUUUGCACAAACUUAUUUUCUGAUAACAAAUUUAAGUUGUGCCUAACAUUGACAGCUUUGUAUAAUUACUUGUUUAAUAAAAAGAGCGAGCACAUUUUUAACUACUGGAUUAAAGCUAAGAAUGCUUUGAAAGAGGUUGAGGAUGUACAAAAAAUGACUUAUGUUGACGCUUUGGAAAAAAUGCAGAGGUAUUUUCCAGAAUUUCAAGUGAAAAUCCAUUUGGAUAACGCAACAAAGCAAAGGCUUUUGGAAACUGAGCUUGACUCAUACACCCAGAAAUGGAGAAGUAAAUUGCCAAUGAUGAUUGUCCUAAAGGAAUUAGAGAUAGUAUCCAGUACAGAUUCUAUAGUUGAUGUGGCUUUAAAAGCAUUUGGAGAUUGUGAUUCGAUGGCUCACAAAGAUUUGCCCAAAAUUAUCCAAAGUAUUAUCGAAAAGUAUGAGAAAAAAGUUAAAGAUGAACCUUGCACUAUAUCAAACAUAAAGCUGGCCCAUUUGUACUUCCUACAUUUUAGUUAUGGGUUUAAAAAUCAGAUUAUGGAAAAUGCGAAUGAUAUUGAAAAAGCUCUAAAUGUACAAGAUAAACUUGAUGAACAUAACAAUGUUAUUGAUCCUCUGCUUAAAUGCGAUGUAGUGUCCAUUUAUGAACGCCUUCAAUUGGAUAAAUAUACUAAGAUAAUAAAAUAUCUCAACAAUUCGCUUAAAUUACUGGUAACAGCUAUAAGUACAAACAUUAAUAAAUCAUGUGAAUAUACUGGUUUGUAUCAGUUACUGUUGAAGUUAAAUUUUGAUUUUGGCUUGCACAUGCUUAGUUCUGGCAGUGUGACAGCUUUGCAUUAUGCCUUAAAAGUUGCACAGAAACAAAAAAAUAUUGCUAAUAUAGUUGAAGCUACCAGUUUUAUAAUUGGAAAUUUAGAUCCAACAAAAAAAUCCGUCAUUAACCUCAUUGAAAGAAGUGAUAAAUGCCUGGAAGAGCUCAAGAAAGACAAAAACAUGGAAACCAAGAAAAUAAUUAUCAACUACCUGCUAAGCAAGUGUAAAUGUUUUAUGUACCAUGAUCACAAAUUGGCGUUUGAUUUUUAUAAGGAAGCUGAUGGGAUGAUCAAUAAAUAUCCAAAAGAUCCAUUACUGAAGAUUGUUAAUAUUAAAUUAAUGUUAAUGAAGCACAAAUUCAUCAUGUUUUCGUGUGAUAUGGGAAUAAUGGAUCAUAAAAAGGAAAUUAUUUCUGUCCUGUCCAAGGCUGUUUACUUAUUGAAUGAUGCCGACUUUAGUUCACAAGUUCCAGGAAAAUCUCACGCUUUGAUACAAAAGUUCGAAGUCUACGAAGAGUUGAUAAAGUUGUACAACGAAUUGGGAAUGCCACGGCAGGUGCGAUGUUACGGUAAAUAUCCUCUUCAACUUACGCAAGAAAUGAUCCUGCCACUAAGAAGCGUUGCUUUUUUGUCAUAUCUGUGUAUUUCCGAUAUUGUCACGCAUAAUUAUGACGAUUGUCAAGUUAAAAUCAACGGUAUAGCUGAUAUUUUGUGCCUACCGAAAAUGGCUGCCGUCAAUUCUCCUAUGAAGCCCAAAGUUCCUGUCCAGAAUGACGGCAUCGACGAGGUCACCUAUCAAAUGAGGGAAAUAAUGUUGGAUGCACCAGUCAAUGUACCUAACAUUACUCUGACGUCGCCUAGUUUUAUAUCGGAUAAAUUUAAAGAGCCGUUUUUUACCAGGCAUCAAAAUUCCUGCGCUUGUUUCUAUUGCACUACAACCGAAUAUCAAAAGUUUGUUUUUGUCAAAACCAACUUGGAUAUUCUCCUGAAUAUUUAUAAGAACAAUUUGAGUUUAACCAAAGAUCACUUACAAGGUGCAUUAAAUUUAUAUGAGCUUUUUAAAUUCCAAUAUACAGAACACGUGGAAAAGUCGCUGACAUCGGAAUGUAAAGAUCUAGCCUCCACUUUCGAUCACCACUAUCUAGAUACGUACAUGGAUGUUUUAUUGAAUUACAGUACAUUUUUGGCGCUGAUUAAAAAUAAAAAAGAGGCCUUGAAUGUUAAUAAAAAGGUCUUAAGCACAUUGUAUCAAAAAAAAAUUCAGUACACAUGUUUAUACGACAAAGCAUUAAAACAAAGAUUGGAAUAUAUUUCUGUAAAACAACAAAUUGAAGAAAAAGAAGAAUUGUCCGAUACUCAAGGCGAAACCGUGGAAAAUUCCACAACUCCAAAAUCAAUUAAACCAGCAUUCCUGAUUGAUUUAAAUCACAAAGUUAAAAUUAAUAAAAGAUUGAUAGUCUCCCAACAAAUUCCAUUCAGUUUAUCGCCCGACGGUGAUCCUUUAGAAAGCCAAUUAAAUAACGGCAUUGCGAUUUAUUACAGCCCGGGUAAACCGAAAAUAAAGCUGAACAAUGAAUCUCUUGAGGAAGAUGCGAAUUUUAAGCCACAGUGUUCUAAAGCGGCUAAAUCUAAAGUUAAUUACAAAUGCAAAGCUCUGCAAGCUAAAAAAAAUUCAAAAUGUGUAAGUAAAUCAAGUAGUACUAAACCAACGGAUAAAGAUAAAGCAGGGGAAAAUGUAGUUCAUUUACGUACUAAAACGAAAUUGCUUACUGAAAAGUUAAAAUCUAAAACUAAUCAAAAGAAUACUGAAAAUCUUGCAGAUAAAGAUAGCUUAAAAGAAAAAAAGGUUAUUGCGUCAGCGGACACAGCGAGAAGAUCAACACGGCUAAAUAAAUAAAUGUAAUUUUAAGUAAUAAUAAUUUUUGUAUAAAUUUAAUUUAUUGUAUAUUUGUGAAGUUUAAUUUACUUAUAAUGUUGAAAUAAAAUUAUUUGAAUGUU